AUGGCAGAUAGUGCUGUAGGGUUUCUUCUUGGCAAACUUGAUCGUUUGUUGCAGGAUGAGCUGAGACUCCUGGGACAAGAGUUACACAGUGAUUUCAGGUACAUCAAAGAUGAAUUGGAGACUAUGCAAGCCGUCUUGAGAGAUGCCAACGCAUGGGCAGAGGCUGAUGAAACAACUAAAGCUUGGAUUAAACAAGUGAAGAGUGUCGUUCAUGACGCAGAAGAUGUUGUCGACGAGUUUGUGCUCCGCGUCGAAGAACAAAAAGGGUGGCAUGGUCCCUUCCGCUUUCUUCGUAAAAUAACACAUUUCAUUAAGCACUUGAGAGCGCGCCGAGGAAUUGUCACUAGGAUUCUUGAGAUUAAAACCACAGUUCGUGACAUCUCGGAAAGACGACAAAGGUAUGACUUCGGCAGCGCCCAAACACAAGCUUCAUAUUCAAAUUCUACGCGUAACGCAUGGCAUGAUCUUCGUGGGGAUGCUCUUCUGCUCGAGGAGACUGAACUUAUAGGCAUUGAGAAGCCCAGAGAAGAACUAAUUUCCUGGCUUAUGGGGAGUGGAUCAAUGUUUGGAGUAGCUUCAGUGGUUGGCAUGGCUGGUCUGGGCAAGACUACCUUGCUCAAGAAAGUUUACGAUAAUCCAAGGGUGAAGAAACAUUUUGAUAACCAUGUAUGGCUCACAGCCUCGCAAAAUUUCAAGAGGGUUGACGAGCUGAUGAGAGAGAUAAUAAAGCAACUCAAUGAGGAAAGGGCAGAACCAAUUCUUUCUGGAUUUGAGGCAAAGACAGGAACCAUUCUCCAGUUGAUGGUCAAAAACUUCUUGCAGAACAGUAGGUAUGUGUUUGUUUUUGAUGAUCUAUGGAGUAUGCCCACAUGGGAAGCUGUUAAAUAUGCCUUCCCUCGUAACCCCUGUGGUAGCCGAAUAAUUAUCACUACCCGCUUUGCUAAUUUAGCUUCAUCUUGUAUUGAGAAUUGUGGUUAUGUCUAUAACCUCCAGCCCCUGUCCCCAAAAGAAUCCUGGACUCUGUUUUGCAAGAAGGCAUUCAUAUCAAACGAUGAGAAUAGUUGUCCUGCACAUUUAGAACAGCUUUCUCAGAAUCUCUUGAGAAGAUGCGAAGGGUUGCCACUUGCAAUUGUGGCAAUCGGUGGUCUUUUGUCUAUAAAAGACAAUUCUAUGAUGGAAUGGCAAAUGGUGUAUCAGAGCCUUGGUUCUGAGCUAGAAAGCAGUGAUAAGCUUAAGAGUAUGGAGAGAGUAUUGUCUCUUAGUUAUGAUUACCUUCCAUACUACCUAAAAACUUGCUUCCUGUAUCUGGGCAUUUUCCCUGGGGAUGAGCCGAUUGAGUGCAUGAGACUGAUCCGAUUAUGGAUGGCUGAAGGAUUUAUUGAAGAAAAACGAGGCAAGACAAUUGAAGAGGUAGCUGAGAGCUACCUCAUUGAGCUCAUUAAUAGGAGUUUAAUCCAAAUAGCAGAAAAAACUAUUGAUGGAAGAGUAAAAUUGUGUAGAGUCCAUGAUCUCAUGCGUGAAAUCAUUCUAUCCAAGAUAAGGGAUGAGAACUUUGGGGCAAUUGUCUCUAAUGCAUCGGAUAAAAAGCCUCAUGAGAAAAUCCGACACCUUUCAAUUUGUGGUAAUGACAUUAUGUGGCUAAAUAAGAGUUUCCCCUGCCUUCAUUCCCUCUUCAUGGUUGGAGCGUCUAAAUUGUCACAUUCAUCAACUCGUACAUUAUUUUGUGGUUUAAGGCUGCUCAAGGUGUUAGAUUUGAGAGGCUCUCGAUUUGUGGUAUUUCCCAAUGAAUUAGUUGAUCUGUUCCAUCUCAGGUACCUAAGCUUGAGAGGGACUAAUGUCAAAAUGCUUCCAAACUGCAUAAAGAAACUCAAAAACUUGGAGACCUUGGAUCUUAAAGAUACCUGUGUAUCUGAGUUGCCCAUUGGGAUCCUCAAGCUUCAGAGAUUACGCCAUCUUCUAGCGUAUCGUUAUAGGAGAGAACCUGAUCAACCAUUUCAUAUUUCAGGGUUUAAGGUGCCAAAUGGGAUAGGAUGUUUGGUAUCCCUCCAAAAAUUUUGUUUUAUUAGAGCAGAACAAGGGACCAGUGUAAUUAGAGAGCUGGGAAGAUUGAGCCAGUUGAGAAGGUUGGGGAUUAUAGAAAUGCGAAGAGGAGAUGGGUUUGAUCUUUGCUCUGCCAUUGAGAAGAUGAAUAACCUUCGUUCUUUAAACCUAAGUGCCAUGACAGGUGAGUGUCUUAGCUUACAAUCCCUAUCUUCUCCACCUCUAUUUCUUCAACGGUUGUACUUGAGAGGUUGUUUAGAAGCGUUGCCACACUGGAUUUCCGCACUUCAUAAUUUGGUUAGUAUGGAUUUAAGGGGUUCUAUGUUAAUCGAUGAUCCAUUGGAAGCCCUUCAAGCUUUGCCUAAUCUACUGGAACUUAACCUUAUUCAGGCGUAUAGUGGAGAAACCUUAUGUUUUAAGGAACAAGGUUUUCAGAAAAUUAAAAUCUUGAAGCUUGAUAAAUUAAGACGACUAAAAUGGGUGGAACUGGAGAAGGGAGCGGUGCCUCAAGUCGAAAAGCUAUAUAUUCAGCGAUGUGAUUAUUUGCUGGAGGUUCCAUGUGGCAUUGAGCACCUCACCAAUCUCAAAGAGCUCAAAUUUUCUAAUAUGCCUACAGAUUUUGUGGCAAAGGUACAGUGCACACUUCAAGGUGAAGAUAAUUGGAAGUUUGCGCACAUUCCGUUGGUCUAUCUUGUCAAGUCAGUGGAGGGACGCUCAAAACGUUAUCCUCUUACCAGGUUGGGGUUAGGUUCCUCUGAGACAGUCACCCCAGAAAGCCAUAGUCAGUGCUAG